UGGAUCUUGAAGCGGCGCGGCCGCCCAGCGGUGGCGAGGAUGACAACAGCGCCCCGAGCAGCGAGGAAGCCGGCGAAGAUGACGGCGUCGCAGCCACCGCCACGGGCGACGAUGACGAUCCCUUCUCUAGCGACGCCGGUCUCCUCAGCACAGACGACGAGGACCACGUUGGUGUCACCACGGGCGAUGAGUUUGAUCCGUCCUUGGAUCCGCUGCCCGAAGGCGACGACGAGGCGCCCGGCGACAUGCUCACAUUGGAAGCCAGCGCGCUCGAGCUACCGGCCGCACCAAGCGGCAGCCCGCCGAUGAGUAUUGCCGUCGACACUGCACCUCCUGUCAGCGCCGAGCUACCUCCAACGCCGUCCGCCGCGGCGCGUCGGCAAGAGAAGCGUAACAAGGUCAAGUCCAAGCGGGAUGUGGUGCCCGUCAAGCCCGGCUACUUUCAGCACGAGCGCGCAGUGGUGGCGCUGAGCCUCAAGAAGCUGCGCGCGAUGCGGCGCAAGGCGCCGAUCCAGGUGCGCAUCUUCACGGCGCCGCGCCGCGUGCACACACCGUUCGACAACUACGUCUGCGCCACGUCCGAAGUUGUGUGCAGCGACAUCUUUUGGUCGGCGCUCCAAGGCAACAUGCUGCGGCUACAGCACCUCGUGCGCGUUGAAGGCAUCGCAGUCGACACGACAGCCGACCCAUGGAUGAUGCACCAAACGCCGCUGCAUUGGGCGGCGAAAGGGGGAUCGACCGACGCGGUGGCUUUACUCUUGGCCCACGGCGCCAGCGUCUACAGUAAAGACGACAAUGGGAGCAUUCCACUACACUUGGCGUGCUAUGCGGGCCACGCCCAAGCCGCCAUUUUACUCCUUCAAGCGGGGGAUCUCAAGGACCUCCUUAUCGCCGACUACGACGCGAACUUGAAUUCGCUCGAAUGGGCGACCGUGCGCGGACAUGCGCAGUGCGUACAAAGUCUCAUCAAGUACACGGACACGAUGAAGACAGCCGACGAGAAGCGCGCCGAAGAGAAGGUAGCGGCGCAGCGCGCCGAGUAUCAGCGCCUACAGGCCCUUGCCGAGCAAGCCAAGGUAGCAGCAAGCCUCGGCGAGGCUGUCGUGCUCGAUCGAAGCGACGUGGCGCGGGUCGACUUGAGCCCCGCGCCCCAAUAGAGCUUCAAAACUCUUUUGGUGGCGUCUGGUGUGCGUUUUACAAAGCCAUGUGCAAUAAUUGCACACAAGAAUCGGAACAAUAACGUCUCGGC